CAUCACCUUACAACAAAUUUCUUUAUCUGGACGGAAUGGAAAUCCACUGGUUCGCACCAAGCUGGCUGGUGUAAAGCGAGCGAAGAAGCGCAGCUCGAAUUUACUUACACUUAUUACUCUGAUUGGCAUUGCUGAAAGAGACAAUGAGAGCAGUCAGCUCUUGCCAUGCCGCUGCCGUUUGCUCUCCGAUUGCUUACCGGAACCCUAGCCUUCGUCCUACUCGCUGCGUCUCCGUUUCUACUGCCAAACCCGAGGUCGACGAUGAGGUCUCAUCCGUGGUUCCGCUCAACCGUCGGCGCCUCAUCCUCCUUCGCCAUGCCGAAAGUGCAGUGCCUGAUAGAUUUCUCAGGGAUCAUGAUCGCCCGUUGAGUAAGACUGGCAGAGCGGAUGCCAUGAGCAUUUCUCACAAGCUCCACCAGAUGGGUUGGAUUCCGGAACUCAUCCUUUGCAGUGAUGCUACUCGGUCAAAGGAAACCCUCAAAAUUAUGCAAGAGUACUCAAAGGAGUUCUCACGAGCUGUGGUUCAUUUUAUGCCGAGCUUCUAUUCCAUUGCAGCAAUGGAUGGUCAGACGGCUGAACAUCUCCAAAAGGUUGUAUGUCAAUACUCAAGGGAUGAGAUCCUUACAGUAAUGUGUAUGGGGCAUAAUAGGGGCUGGGAGGAAGCUGCCUCCAUGUUUUCUGGCUCUUCUAUUGAAUUAAAAACAUGUAAUGCUGCCCUGCUUGAAACUACUGGGGAAUCAUGGAAUGAGGCCUUUGCCUCUGCUGGUUUGGGAGGAUGGAAACUUGAAGGAAUAGUCAGACCAACUUCAGCACAGUAACUGAGGCCAAUAUUUUUGAUGAGUUUUUCUUCAUGUAAUGUUAGGUAGCUUAGCGUGUUGAUGAAUAAAAAAAAAAGAAGAAGGAAGAUUUAUAUGCAAUUAUAGUCAGUCACAUGUGCAGUGACAUUUUGUACUCGGCUCAACCUUACAGAUCAAUAUGUUUUACAAUCUUGGUUGCUCUAGUGUACAGAAUAAA